AUGUCAACUGAAUUCAAUAAUCAACCGCUGAUCGAUCUUCAGAAAUUAUUUCUCGAUGAUCCAAUUGAAAUUUUACGAUUACAACAAGCAUUUGAAACAAAUGGUUGGUGUUUUGUACGCUUGUCUCAAAAUGGUGAUGCUUUCGUCGCACAAUUGAAUCAUAUUAUUAAAUCUUGUUUGGAUUUUUUUACACUUAAUCCAAAAGAAAAAUCCCAUUAUCUAUCAACAAACUCAUUUGGCUAUACACGUGUCGAUCAUAAAGAAGGCAUCAAGCUAUUAAGUGAUCAACAAGGUGUGGCUGAUUUCCCUUCUGUUUUACCGAUGAAUAUCAAAGCAACUUUACAACAUGUCAGUCAAAUAAUCGGCAAUUUAACUUAUCGUAUAAAACCAAUAAUUAUGAAAUUAGCUGUAUCAGAGGAUAUACCAAUAAAACAAGUCGAACUAUCUGCGGUUGCAAUGCUCGAUAUUGUUCAUUAUUUUAAUAAAAAUGUUGGUCCAACACAAGUGCCUGCAAUUGGCUACAGUACGGAUGAAGUUAAUUGUGUACCACAUUAUGAUCCUGGUCUUUUCUCAUUGAGUAUACUAUCAACAUGCGAUGGUCUUCAAUUGCAAGAUCGCCAUGAAAAUAAAUGGAUUGAUGGACCAGACAAUUCUCAAGUUGGUCAAUCGAAUAUUGGUGUUAUUUGGCUUGGUGAAGCUGCAAGUAUUCUUACUAGCAAUCGUUUUAAAUCUGGUAUUCAUCGUGUUAUUUAUCCACGUACAGUUCAUCAACCACGAUUAACCAUUUGGCAAGAAAUAUGUACUGAAGGUCAAAUUCAACAAUUAUUUGACGAAAAUAAUAACAUUCAAAUUUUACCAGCCGACGCCGAAGUAUUACUGGCAAAUCAACCAAAUUCUAUACCAAUGACUGUACUUCCAGGUGGAGAAACUCCGCAUAAUUUUAUGCAUCGUGUUGAAUCUAUACGUGGUCUUUCAAUGAGUAAAUCUCUCCGAUCAGAUAUGACGUUUCAUAACAAUUACAAUGGUCGAGGAAAUAGAGGGCCUUCUCCUUCGAACGAAAAAAAUUCUUUUACAAAAGUGAAAAAGAAAUAG